AUGAGGAACAUUGCAAUGGAGAUGGGAGUGUUACCCCACUUGGUCUCCUCUGUUCCUGUUGAGUCUUCCAACUUCAAGAUUCAAAUUAAGUUUUCAAACAAAAGCUUUCCCUCAAAUUUCAUUAACCCAGAUAAGAAAAGCCAAGUGGGUCUUCUUCAAUCUUCUCGGGUAGUUUAUGCUUCUGCUUCUUCUUCUUCUGUUAGUGGCUCCAGUGCUGAUUAUUCUGAUUCCACUGGACAAUUGUUGGGUGGGAAGACAAAAGAGAAGGUGAAGAAGACUAUAGCUGGAAUAGAUCAAGAUGAACUGCUUGACCCUUCUCAUUUAGCUGAUUCAGAUAGUUGUUUUUGUGAGUUUAAAGGGGUACAGAUACACCACAAGAUAUGUGAGCCUGAAUCUGUGGCAGAUAAGUCGUUGCAGAGCCAAAAUCUGUCUCAACCUAUUAAAAAGAUUGGUCUUCCUAUGAUUUUACUACAUGGGUUUGGAGCCUCUGUGUUCUCAUGGAACAGAGUAAUGAAAACUUUGGCAGAUUUUACUGGCUCCAAAGUUCUUGCCUUUGAUAGACCAGCCUUCGGUUUGACAUCAAGGCUAAAUUUUGGGGAGCAGUCAGCUUCUGGCAAUGCGGAUGCAAAACCUUUGAAUCCAUACUCCAUGGCGUUUUCAGUGCUUGCUACUUUGUAUUUCAUUGAAUUCUUAGGAGCUGAGAAAACAAUUAUUGUUGGGCAUUCAGCUGGUUCUCUUGUAGCAGUAAAUUCAUAUUUUGAAGCCCCAGAACGUGUUGCAGCUCUGAUCCUUGUUGCUCCAGCAAUCUUUGCUCCUCUAACUAAGCCAAAAGUUGUCAAGGGAAACAAGAUGAAUGAAGAAAACUCAAACAGCAGUAGUCAAGGGAAUCUAUUUAUCCAACUUCGGAAUAUAUUGUCCAAUUUUACAAAGAUUGUUUUGCAGGCAAUAAUGAGAGUAAUGAAGGGAAUGUCAGACAUGCUCAACUCUGUUUAUAAGAAACUCUUGUCAGCUAUUCUGCGCUCUGUUUUAGGUGUGAUGCUGAUAAGAGUGAUAAUAGAUAAAUUUGGUCGGGCAGCUGUUAAGAAUUCAUGGUAUGACUCAAAGAAAGUCACUGAAGAAGUCCUUGAUGGUUAUACAAAGCCAUUAAGGACUAAGGGCUGGGACAAGGCACUAGUGGAGUUCACUGCAGCAAUGCUUACCGAUACUGAACCCGAACUAAAACCACCACUAUCAGAAAGACUCAGUCAAAUCUCAUGCCCUGUUCUGAUUCUUACGGGUGACAACGACCGACUUGUCCCCUCGUGGAAUGCUGAGAGACUUUCAAAAGCCAUACCUGGUUCCUACUUUGAAGUAAUCAAGCACUGCGGCCACUUGCCCCACGAAGAAAAAGUGGAUGAGUUUGUAUCAAUAGUUCAGAAUUUUCUACUUAGAGCUUUUGGUAAUGGGGAUUCUCUUGAGGGGGCAGCAGCAGUUUGAACCCCAUUUCACUGUAUUCAAAAUCAAAAGGAGGCUUUUUUAUAGAAAAUAGAACUUCUGGAAUCACACCAUUGUAAUUGUCUCUCUUUUGAGGCCAAGUAAUGUAACAAAAAGAAAUAUCAAUUUUCAUAGUUUGCAACAUUAGAUACAAGAUGAUAAUCAGCAUCCAUUAACGUUCCAUUGUAAGCAUCCUGAUUUGCAGAGUCAUGAAGGAAAACUCGUGUAAAUUUUUAUCACAUUAAUUAGAUACAGACAGAUGAUAAAAACUAA